CAAGAAGCUCAAAGAGGCGGAAGUGGAGCCGGAAGUGAUGACGAACGUGAUGGCAAAAAGGGGCUUUCGUAGCGUCCCCGUGCAUGCUGGGAAAAGUUGACUGCUGAGCUUCCCAGAGCGCUGAGGAGGAGCGCUGUGGCACCGCGAGCCGGCUGUUUUAACCUUCGUCUCCGCUGACCAGAAGUCCGGGAAUUGUUUGUCCCACUUUCGUUUCUUCGCAUCGACCUUCGGGGAUGUGCCCGCCGCCUGCGAACCAUGAGAAUUAACCAGAAAAGAGACUUAAAGGUGUGAGUGAGAGGACUUAGAAGAUCACUGUGGGACCAUGGAGCCAGAAGUCGCCCGCAUGUACUCUUCUUCUCCGCCCCCACUGGAUGAUGGGGCUGAGGAUGACGAUGAUGAGUUUGGUGACUUUGGGGGCUUUUCUGGAGUGCCACCAAGUGUCAGCUUCACUGAGUUUGACACCCCUGCCACCUUUGGUCAACCUCAGUCUGCAGUUGACACCUCACCCCCCAGCUUGUUCAACAACAUUAGUGGGGGCCCUGGACCCUUCGGUGGGCCCUCUGUGGAGGAGGAUUCUGCAUCAUCUGAUACUGACAUCCCUGGUGCAGACUCCUGCAGCAGCCGGGAUGGCACUGAUGACUGGAAAAAGCUAGCAGACCAGACUAGACCGAGCCCUUUUUUGAACUCUGCUGACACUAAGAUGGGUAGCAGUCGGACAGAGUUUGAGGUAGGCAGUUGCAAUGGGGGCAGUCCAGUCACUGUGGUCCUCACAAAUGGGUUUAGUGCAUUUGAUAUGCAGGAAACUCCCUUCUGCUUGGAUGUCACCCAUCCACAAAAGAAAGGGUUUGCCUCAGGUCCAACACUGGAAGAUCACCCUGCCAGCCCUGUGGACAAAUUUGCAGACUUCUCUGCAUUUUCUAACACUGUCACACCAAUGGACAUUUGCCAGGCCACAGACAUAAGAGAACGCAGAGGCGAUUCCAGCGACGGGAAACCACUAUCAGACGUGCAGGAUGAUGAACUCUCCAGAGUAGGCCUGGCAGAAGCCAACUCUGAGAAGAGGGUCACAGGCAUAGGAUCUGACACCAACUCCUCCACUGAGGCAGUGCAAUGGCUAAGCAAUGGGGAGGGUAGUUUGCACAUAGGGGACAACUUUGACCAAAGUGACACAGAACCGAUUGUGACACACCAGGGCUGUGAGGAACCUGCUGUCCACAGUGACAGUGAGUUGACAGAGAUGGACACUACUGAAGGCAGGGUGUCUCCUGAGCAUGCUCAGGAAAGAUCAGUAGACCAAGAAGAAGAGUCCUGUGAUUCUCCCAGCAAUGGUUUCUCAGAAGGUUGUUCCAUGUCCCCAGCUGGAUUGGAUCACUGUGGGGACUUAAGCCAGACUAGUUUUGCUCCCUUACAGAUGCAGUUCAAAGAGGAUGCCACGACUAGCACUGACUUCGGCAAAGUUACCGUGGAGCCAGAGGAUGAAGACUUUGGGGACUUUGGCGAUGCCACUACCUGCAACCACCAGGGUUUUGCUGACUUUGACCAGGUGGAUUCUGGUCUCUUGGCCACACCAGAUGAGCAAAACGUUGUGUCUCGGGUUGCAAGGGAGCCUGAAAAUGAGGAAGAUUUUGGUGAUUUUGACUCACCUAAAGGUUAUAGUAGAGGGAAGGAUGGGGAUGACGGUGAGAUGCAGUUUGCAGAUUUCCCUGGCAGUGACAGCUUUGCAGACUUCAGCUCUGCACCCGUCGACUCCAGCUCUGAUUUCAACACAGGAUGGAAUGCUUUCGGGGACCAGGAACAGGGUGGUGAUGACUCCUGGGCAGCAUUUGACCAGGAACAGAGAAUUGCCUGUACAGAGGACACCGAAGAGCGGUGGCAGGCCAGCACUGCCACCUCUGCACCCCUUACUGGCACCCCCCAGACCAGCAGGAGAGAGAGCCUCACAUUGCUAGCCAGCCGACUGGAGCGGCUCUUCCAGGCCAGUUUUCCGGAGGCUCCCAUCCUACAGGCUGGUGAGGAGGUGCUCCCCUUGCAAGCACUCCUAGAACCCCUUGAGAAGCAGCAGGAGCAGAGUGAUGAGCAAAGCACAGUGGCACAAGGGUGGCCGCAAGACAUGUGGCAGCAGUUGCGGGAUAUCCACAAUGCCUUGGGCUUGCGACACCAGUGGGGUGGCUCCCACUGCAAUAGGACCCUUCUCUGUUCCCUGGGCAUUGACACUAGGAAUAUUCUGUUCACAGGUCAGAAGAAGCAGCCUGUGAUCGUACCCAUGUAUGCUGCUAGCUUGGGCAUGCUAGAGCCAACCAAAGAACCUGUGAAACCGAUUUCAGCGGCAGAGAAGAUUGCAUCUAUAGCACAAGCAUCUCCAGUCUCUCCAGAAAUUAGUUCUUGCUCAUCAGAUCCAACACAAGAGACGCUCCCACCUAUUCAGUUUGACUGGAGUAGCAGUGGCCUUACUAAUCCUCUGGAUGCCAGCGGAGGCUCCUCUCUGCUCAACCUCGAUUUCUUUGGGCCCGUGGAGGACUCUGGCUCUAGCAGCGCCACGUCUAUCCCAGGCGUGGACCCUGAGCUGUAUGAGCUCACCACUGCCAAACUGGACACCAGUGGUGCCACCAGCCGUGUAGCUGAUGCCUUUGCCCGCCUCAUGUCUACCAUGGAGAAAACCAGCACCUCAACCAGGAAGCCCCGCAAGGAGGAGAACUUGAGCGAGGAAGCAGCGAAGGUGAUUGCAGGGCUGCCGGACCUCUCCUUCAUGCAGGCAAAGGUGCUGAUGUUCCCCGCCACGCUGACCCCUCUGGGUUCCUGUUCCUCAUCUGCUUCAUCCACUGCCACCACGGGUGACUGAGGGUCUCCUCUCUGGCGCUCAUGAUCUCAUUCAACCAGUCAGCUUUCUUUCUUCUGCGUCCCACUUUGGGAUUUUUUAUUUUUUUUCCCCCUCUUUCCUUUCCUGUUACUCUCCUCCUCAUGUUGUGCUGCUACCUGGUUUCCUCUGUCUAAAAAAAGGGCAAAGCUGAGACACGAAGGGGCCCAUGUCUACCAAGAAGCUCAGCGGGUGGUGUUGACAACAAUGAUGAUCACGAAAAGUAAAAGCAUAUAUUUAUUUAUCAACAAAUACUAUGGAAGAAGUCUUGUUUAUAUUAUGAGAAUCAAUCUGUAAAUAAUCAGGGAUGAACUUUAGUUAUUUUUCGAAGAUUAUUUUUUUUUCCCCCCCUCUCAGUACUGGGAGUGCGUCGUUUGUCUUAGUGAGAACACUGGCUGAAGCCCUUCUUAUGAGGCACAAGUAAAGCGAAUGAGAAAUCUAUAUUAUGUACAUAACUUGAAACCACACUGCCUGCAAAAUCCAGCUGAAUGUUUUCCUGUUGUGUUCAUUGCCUUAGUUUUUAUUUUUGUUUGUUUUUACCUUAAGUAGAUUUUAUCCUCAACUUUCUUAAAUUAAGCUGUCUUUAUUGUGCUUUUGUUUUUUGUUUGGUUUGUGUAAUUUUGUCCGAUUUUUGUCAGCGUCUCCCUGCAAAACACAUCAAUCUGUGGGCUGAGGGUUCAUGUCUUGUUGGAAAAGACGUCUUUGCUUUUUGGCAGCGGGAGGGGUGUGUCAUUUUUAUGAUUGAAACCACUGGCAUAAAGUACUUUCGAAUAGAUUAAGUGUAAGUUAACUGAUGUGAUAAUCAACUUAAAAUUGAGGAAUGAGGGACCAAUAUUUACUUCCAUGUUUCUGUUACUUACAAUAUUAAGUGCUUUCAUUAGCUGUUUUUGUUUUGGCAUUUCUCAUGUUUUACCACUGUAAAUCUAUUUUUAGAAGGAUUUUGCACAUUGUAAAGAUGAAAUGGAUGUAAUCAUAGUUCGCUGUGGCUUUAGACUGUGUACAGUAAAACUAUGGACUGUAAAAUGUAUGGGAAAAUUCCUAUGGAAAAAGACAAUACACUUGAAGAGCCUGUAAAAAGGUUAACAUGCAUGCCGGGUUCUUUUCAGACUUAAGUGUGUAAAUUUACUUUUAGUGUA